AACCUAGUCAAGCUUUUAGAACAAGACUAACACCGGAAGUUUUACCACAUCAAAAGCAUUAUUCACUUGAACGCAGUACCAUACAAUAUGCAGUAUUAUGUCAUACAAGGAGGGUCGAUCGGGGUUAGAGUCACAGUUGGGGUUGAAAAGCAGGGUUUGAAAAAUUCAACGCUUUCUGUGGCUCUGGUUUCAAGGUAGCCUUCCUCUCCUGCAGUUUGCCUUUAAUUGUCCUUAAGGUUUCAAAUCUGCUGGUGACCCUUCCUUCCUUCCUUCCUUCUUUUCUCCCUUUCAUACCCUCCUUCCUGCUUUUCCUGAUUCAGACAUCCUUCCUUCCUCUAUUAUUUCCUCAAUUCCUUCCUUCCUACCUGUAUUCUUUUCUCAAUUUCUUGCCCUCCCUCCUGCUUUUCUUGAUUCAGACAUCCUUCCUUCCUCUAUUAUUUCCUCAAUUCCUCCCUUCCCCUUACUAGUUUCCUCUAUUCCUUCACCCCGUUUAAUUUCCUUAUUUCCUCCCCCCUUCCUUCAUCCUUCCUAUGCCCCCUUCCUUCUUUGCAUCACCCCUCUUUCAUUCUUUCCUUAAUUACAUCAUCUAUCCCCUUCUCCUACUUCUUUCCUUAAUUCCUUUAUUCUUCUUCCCAUCCUUUCUUCCUUCCUCCCUUCCCGCUCCUCCUCUCCUUCCCCCGGCCUUGAAUCAUUCAACCUUCCUUCCAUAAACCUUCAUUUGUCCCUCAUACCUUUUCAUCCAUUCUCCCUUCCUUCAUGCCUUGUCUUUCCUCCCUCCUCCCUUACACCCUCCUUCCCCACCUCUCUGCCUUCCAUCUUGUGUCCUUAUCAUUCCGCCCUCCCGCAAUUCCCCUUUUCAUUCCUCCACUCCUACAUUCUUGAACGCUUCUUUCCAUCACUUCCUCCCUUUCCUUCUUCCCUUUUUAAAAGGUGUCCCGUGUCGUCGUGUCUCGCUCUUAUUUUGAAAGGCUAAGCGGACAUCCAUCGGCGUGCGGGGUGCGACCGGGACUUGACGCGUGCAGUGGUGACUGUGAAGUCUCGCAGCGCUUUGGACUCGCAGAGUGUCAACUUGACGAUGGCGAUGGCGUCGGCGCCUCGUCUUUUUCCUCAUCGUCAUCGCCGCCGGUCGGUCUGAGCUUUCCCUUCCCGGACACACGUCGUCGCCCCUCCGACUCCCGUCAAACACGACGUUUCCAAGGGCGUUUCUGUUUCGUUUUGUACGUCGCCCAGUGAGCUAACUUUACGUUUUUAAAAAAAUAUAUAAAACAUUUUUUUAAGUGUCGUGCUGUUUUUCUGGCCGCUCCCAUCUCAGUGGCAAAUAUGCGGGCAAACCUCCGCGGAGAGGACCGGGGUACGGCGUAAAUACACGCCGAGGAUGUGCGGAUGACGAAGGCAAUGAUGUUUGCGGUGGCGUCAUCUGUACAAAGCGUCGUCGUCAAGGAAAUCGGGACUUUUUCUUUUUUUGGGGCGGGGGUACACUCGUUUCCCCCUCAUGGAACACACCGGGUGGGAGGCCGCCGCUGACUCUCGCUGACACCGGAGAGGACCCCGCCCGCCGCGCGCUCCCCCAGGUGGCUCAAGCUACAUCGCAGGACUCAUCCGUGAAGAUGUCAGCGUGGCUGAUUUGACGCAUUGCCUGUAGGAAAGAGGCGUUUUCUCCUCUUCCUUCUCCCCUUCCCCGUCCCCCCCCCUGCCCCCCCCCAACCCUAUCAGUUUUCACCUUAGCCUGCCUUUUCCAACCCCACCCCACCUUCCAUCAUGCUUAUCAAGGAGUACCGCAUCCCCAUGCCUAUGAGUGUGGAGGAGUACCGCAUCGCCCAGCUCUACAUGAUCCAGAAAAAGAGCCGGGAGGAGAGCUGCGGCGAGGGCAGCGGCGUGGAGAUCCUAAAAAACAAACCGUACACAGACGGACCAGGGGGGACAGGCCAGUACACCCACAAGGUUUACCACAUUGGCAUGCACAUUCCCAGCUGGUUCCGUUCCAUCCUGCCCAAAGCGGCGCUCAGGGUGGAAGAGGAGUCCUGGAACGCCUACCCAUACACGCGUACACGAUAUACGUGUCCCUUCGUGGAGAAGUUCUCCAUCGACAUCGAGACAUACUACAUGGCCGACACGGGCAGCCAGCCGGAUGUUUUCAACAUGUCCGCCGCCGACAAGCGACAGCGGACCGUCGACCCCAUCGACAUAGUGACUGAUCCCAUUCCUCCCCACGAGUACAAAGCCGAGGAGGACCCGAGGUUAUACAAGUCGACCAAGACGCAGAGGGGCCCCUUGCUGGACGACUGGAUCGAAGAGUACAACAACAACCCGGACAAGAUGCCCAUCAUGUGCGCCUACAAACUGUGCAAGGUGGAGUUCCGCUACUGGGGCAUGCAGUCCAAAAUUGAGAGAUUCAUCCAUGAUGUUGGACUAAGAAAAGUGAUGGUACGUGCCCACCGGCAGGCCUGGUGCUGGCAAGACGAGUGGUACGGUCUGACCAUGGAGGACAUCCGGCAGCUAGAGCUGGAGACCCAGUUGACUCUGGCCAGGAAGAUGGCACAUUUUUGCCAGGUGGAGGAGGCCACCGAGGCCAAUGGGGGCACGCCGCCUCCCGUCAAAGAGCAGGAGGCCAAGGAGGAGAUGGAGGCCGAGGUGACAGUCGCCGGCACUGGGACGAACACGCUGCAGCCCCGCGGUGUGCUCACCAAGCAGUGGUCCACCUCCUCGAGGUCCUCUCGCUCCUCAAAACGAGGAGUGAGCCCGUCCCGACACAGCAUUUCCGAGUGGAGGAUGCAGAGUAUCGCGCGGGACUCGGACGACAGCUCAGAUGAAGAGUUCUUCGAUGCUCACGAGGAUUUCUCAGACGGCGAGGAGGUCUUACCCAAGCAAAUCACCAAGUGGAACUCAAACGACCUUAUGGACAAGAUCGAGACUUCUGACAUGGAAGAACCUUCCGGCGAGCUCUUGAAGGACAUGACUGUGGACUACGACAGAGCGGGUGGCGGGGAAAGGCUCGACGAGUGUCUGCAACCCUCCAAGAUCCAUGUGCUCAUCUUGGUACUGCACGGGGGCAACAUCCUUGACACAGGCGGCAGCGAGCAGAGCAGCAAGCAGGCCGACGUCAACACAAUCACCGCGGCGUUCGAUUCCGUCAUGCGCGUCCACUAUCCGGCGGCGUUGGGCCGCCUCGCCGUCCGCCUGGUCCCGUGUCCCGCAAUAUGCGCCGAGGCCUUCUCCCUGGUGUCCAAUCUGAGCCCGUAUGGCUAUGAUGAAGGCUGUCUGUCCAGUAGCCAAGAUCACAUCCCGCUGGCGGCUCUUCCCCUGCUGGCCACAUCUUCGCCUCAGUACCAGGAGGCCGUGGCCACCGUCAUCACCAGAGCCAAUCAGGUCUACGCCGACUUCAUCAAGUCUCUGGACGGAGCCGCUUUCUCUGGCCAGGUCUGCCUGAUUGGGGACUGUGUGGGAGGAAUACUAGGGUUUGACGCUCUGUGCAGCAGCAACCAGACAGUCAAUGAAAGCCAAAAUAGCAGCCGGCGGGGCAGUCUUGUCAGUGUACAGGACCAGGACCUCCUGUCCCCGGGCACAAUUAUCAACUGCGGGCAGGGGUCAGCCUCACCCACCCUGGAGGGCAGCCGCCACCUGAGCCGCAGCAAUAUCGACAUCCCACGAACUGUUUCAGGCGACGACAACAAGAAGCAGCAGCUGCAGCGCAAGAGAAGCGACUUGUCCACCUAUGAGAUCGACACCAUCAAGCAACACCAGGCCUUCCUGUCCAGCUUGCACUCCAGCGUCCUGCGGGGCGACGGAGCCUCGCGCAGGUCGAGCAGCAGCACCAUGCUCGACGGAGGCUCACUGGGCAAGCUGGACUUUGAAGUGGCCGACUUUUUCCUCUUUGGCUCGCCGCUAGGCCUUGUGCUUGCCCUGAGGAAAACCGUCAUCCCCAUGCUGGAUGUGGCCCAGCUCCGUCCCGCCUGUCAGCAGGUGUACAACUUGUUCCAUCCGGCUGAUCCCUCCGCCUCACGCCUGGAGCCUCUUCUGGAAAGGAAGUUCCACCUGUUGCCUCCUUUCAACGUGCCCCGCUACCAACGCUUCCCGCUAGGGGACGGAAAUUCGACUCUGCUGGCGGAUGUUGUUCAGUCUCAUGGUGGUGUCUUCAUGGACAGUUCGUACCCCUCAUCCCCCGUCACGGGCCCCUUCUCCCGGGGCCAGCGCCGUGCCAGUGAGGUCAGCAUUGCCAGCCAGGUGUCAGGAAUGGCAGACAGUUACACUGCCAGCAACAUAGCCAACACCCAGACAGACUCGUUUAGUCAGUUCCAAACUCCUGGCCUCUUGUCCCAGCUGGCCCUGUCAUCCCAAAACAAAUUCUUCUUAAAAAGCCCCCCCAAAUCCCGCAAGAAACGCGACAAAGUCGCCGACGAGAAUGACGGGGAGGCGACUUUGUGUGACACUCAAAGUUUAGGGUCCGACAGCUGCAUGUCUCCCGGCCUGCACAGUGCUAUUUGCGAUCUGGUGUCUCUGGACUCCCAAGCGGAGGUGGACCAAGUUGCAGCUCGCUGGUGGGGCACCAAGCGCAUGGACUUUGCCCUCUACUGCCCCGAUGCCCUGACGGCCUUCCCCACCGUGGCUUUGCCUCACCUCUUUCACGCGUCGUACUGGGAGUCCACCGACGUGGUGUCCUUCCUCCUCAGACAGGUGAUGAGGCACGACAGCUCGAGCAUCCUGGAACUGGAUGGCAAAGAAGUUUCUGAGUUCACACCCUCCAAACCUCGUGAGAAGUGGCUACGCAAAAGGACUCACGUGAAAAUCAGGAACGUGACGGCCAACCACCGCGUCAACGAUGCCGUGUUCACCGAGGACAGCCAACAAACGGUGACCGGCCGCUUCAUGUACGGCCCGCUGGACAUGGUCACUCUGGCCGGCGAAAAGGUGGACCUGCACAUCAUGACUCAGCCUCCGUCAGGAGAAUGGGUUUACUUCAACACGGAAGUCACCAACAGCAGCGGCCGCGUCUCCUUUGUCCUUCCGGAUGACAAGCGCCUGGGCGUCGGCGUCUACCCUGUUAAAAUGGUCGUGAGGGGCGACCACACAUUUGCAGACAGCUACCUGACGGUGAUCCCUCGCGGCACAGAAUUUGUGGUGUUCAGCAUAGACGGCUCCUUCGCCGCCAGCGUGUCCAUCAUGGGCAGCGAUCCCAAAGUGCGGGCGGGGGCUGUGGACGUCGUCAGGCACUGGCAGGAUUUGGGCUACCUGAUCAUCUACGUGACGGGCCGACCGGACAUGCAGAAGCAGAGAGUGGUUGCCUGGCUGUCGCAGCACAACUUCCCGCACGGCAUCGUGUCGUUCUGCGACGGCCUGGUGCACGACCCGCUCAGACACAAGGCCAACUUCCUCAAGUCCUUGACCGAGGCCAACAUGAAAAUAUUUGCGGGCUACGGGUCCAGCAAGGACAUCUCUGUGUACACCUCCAUCAACCUGCAUCCAUCGCAGAUCUUCAUUGUUGGAAGGCCCUCCAAGAAGAUGCAGCACCAGUGUCAAUUCAUCACGGAGGGCUACGCGUCUCACCUGUCCCAGCUGGAACACAACCACCGCUCUCGUCCGGCCAAGUCCAGCAGCACCCGCAUGGUCCUGCGCAAGGGCAGCUUCGGCCUGGGCGCCAACAGCGACUUCCUGCGCAAGCGCAACCACCUGCUGCGCACCAUCUCCUCGCAGCCCGCGCCCAGCUCGCCCACGGCGGGCGGCGUCCACGCCCGCCCCGAGCGCACCCAGAGCCAGUCGGACGGCGAGCGCGGCGCCCCCCACACCCACGUCCAGGGCGCCGCGCAGCGCAGCAUGAGCAUCGCAGCGGGGUGUUGGGGACGCAGCAGCAGCACCAAGAUGGAGGCGGGAGCCCUCGGCCACAAAUGAGCAGAGCGCCUCCGGAAAUACUCCCACCGAUGCCUAUUCGCUACAGCGAACCCCUGUUUAUGGUUGGGGGUAUGACAGACCCACGUGCAAUUGUUGAAAGAUUUUAAUUGUUUUAACGCGCCCAUUGCAACUUUUUAAAGUAUUCCUUAGUGGCUGUUCUCAGACUUUCUUCCAAAAUCACGAUUAACCCCACCCCUCCCAAAAAUGAAAUGUCAAAACACCAAAAUGUUCAAUGUAGCCACAUCCUCAUCUUAUUGCGAAGUGCAGAUGAGCUAACAGGAAUUCGAUCGAUGUUCUCGUCAUGAUAAACUUUCAAACACAUGCUAAAAAGAAUCUGCAUGAUGUAGCAGGGGUUCACUGUAUAGUGUUUCCACAAAUUCUCCUAUUUUUCUCCCCCUCAAAAGCCUUGUCUGAUAGCAAAGUAGUGCUUUCGUGCCAGCUUGUGGUCGCCGGCCAAGCACAGGGGACAUCAAAAUUUAGAAUAAAAAUAUAUAGGCUAUAGUGUUUUUAAGUUUUAGACCAAAAAAUACAAGACAGCAACAAGCGUUAAUGGCUUACUGAUGAUUUGACUGUGGGGGCACUGGCCCUCUCCUCUAACAACCCGGGCUAAAGUUCUCUCACACUAGAUCUGUAUCAUCAACAUACUUCCUGGAAAGCAGUUCUGAUUUUAAUAGGCCUUUGGUGCUAACUUGCAACUUCGUUGAGUACAUCGGAAACAGCGCAAAAACCGCAAAUAGUGAAAUGAUCAACGAAUCGCGAGGGUAGGUUCCACGAUGGGGGGGGUCGCGAAUAGGUGAAUUUGUGAAUAGGCGGGGGAAUGUACUGUAUGCCAUUCAGGUUCCGCUCUUCAAUCUUGGAUAUUUUUUGGGAUUCGACCAGGGCCCAAAAUGCUGUAUACUUCUGCUCCAAACUUGACUUCAGUGGCUCCAAGCACAACACAAACUUUAUGGAGAACGGAUUCGGAGAGGAAAACUGGAUUCGCCCCUCCCCCACCAAAAUUAUCAUCACGUCAAGAAAAUGACUUAACACCAACUGCUCCUUUCCUUCCUGCCCCCAACCCAGAACUCAACAGUUGUAAGUAUUUGGGCCGCACUGGAAAAAACAAAACAUUAUGCUGAGAGAUUCAAGUCAGAAUUUUAGGGCAAAGUAUUUUCGAGAAUAAAAAGUUUUUUAAAAAAGGAAGUUUUUAUCUACCCUGACAAAAGAGCUUUUUUUCUUGGAAAUAGGAGUCAACCCUCUUUUGGGGGAAAAAAAAAAAACGUUAUCAAAAAUAUUUUUAAAUGAAAAAUAAACUGUAAACCACCCACCCCAAAAAUGUUUUUCAGUUUAAACCUACUACUUUCUGGAUUUUCUUUUCUCAAAAUAUCCAACUUUUGUAUCAAAAGCAAGAUUUUUUUUAAAUGCCCCCCCCCCCCAAAAAAAAAAACAAUUUCUAAAAAAAAUGCAACCUAAAAAUUACAAAAAAAAAAUCUUGGCAACAUUUUUCCACAAAAACAUUUACCUCAAGAAUAUGACUGCAAUUGAAAAAAAAACCGGCUUGUCGAAAAUAUAAAAAUAUACAAGCUUUUUCAAAAUAUACAACCUGUUACUCAAAGAUUUACACAAUUUCUUAUGACAAGCUGUCUUGAAAUGUAGUUUAUUUGAGAAACUAUGAAAAAUAUUUAAAAAAAUUAACACUAAACUUUAUUUACAGUACGUAUGUGAUUUUUUUAACUUUGUACAUGACGACUUUUCACACAAAUAUUCUUUUUUCCCCCUCUGGAAAACAAACUCUUCAAAUCGAGACUUUUUCCCAAGAAUAUUGAAAUUUCUCUAGAAAAAAAGAAAGGUUCUCAUAAGGUUAUGAUUCCUUUCUCCCCAAAAAAUCUUCAAGAUUUUCAUUUUACCCCCCCAGGAAAAGGCUCAUACAAUUUGAGUCUUGUCAUAUUAAAACUUUUGUUUCCCCUCACAAAUCUUUUUUCUUGAAAGCAAGACUAAUUAGAUAAGAUUAUUUUAUCAUUAAUAAUGAAAUAAUAAUACAAUAAACUUUUUCUACGAAAUAAUUCCAUUGUAAUUUUGGAAGAUAUAUAUAUAUAUAUAUAUAUAUAAAAGCUUUUAUCUUUUUAUCUUCAGGUGUUCCUUCAAAAUAGAUUUUUUUCUGAAAAAUGUGACGUCUCUGAACCCCCCCCCCCCCCAAAAAAAAAAAAAAAACUCUUACCUGUUAAGUACAGGACAGUUUUUUUUUUUCCUUCUGGGAGAUAUUUGGAUUUUUUUUAGAAAUGUACGACUUGUCUCAUUAGCUUUCAAUGUGGACCACACUUUUUUUUUUUGGAGGGGGUUGAGAGACCCAUACUUAGUUGAAGUGUAUGCAUAUUUUCUUGCAAAUAUGCAGCACUCUCCUGCUAAAAUUCUGUCUUGAACGUGCCAGCAUAAUUGUUUAUUCUUUUCAGCACGGUCCUUCUUCAUCCACCAACUCCCAAAACAAACAGGACUCGUUGAACUCAUGAAUGUGCCAAAGUUCUCAAAGCGGAGAGAGGGAACCAUGUAGUGUGUACGGGCGCCUCCACACACCAUGUUUGUACAUUACGGUGAUGUAUAUUAUAAAUACGAGCGUUCUUGGUUCUGCACAAAUGCUGUCUGCUCCACUCCAAAGUAUCUUCUUUAUUAUUCCUAAUAUUUGAAUUUUCAGUUGAUUUCAGUGGAGCAAAAUUAUUUUGGAAUUAUUGGACUUGUUUUAGUGUGGCCUGGCACCGUAUUGUCAUUUCUUUUGAAUUCAUUAUUAUUAUGAGCGUUGUUUUGUUUUCUUGCCAAUCACACUUGUGUUCUAUUUAUUAUGAUAUUGUAACCUUUGUUAAACGCUAUUUUGGAACUCUGGAAAGUGGCUUUAUCCCGCACGCUGUACAUGAGGUGUUGAAUAUGUUUGUAAAAUGAGUGUAGAAAUCGUGAUGUCCACGUAUAAAACAUAAAAGAAAUGAGGUUUAUAAUAGGACGACGACGAUAAGGUGAGCUAUGCACUGGAGUGACUGCAACGGACCACCGACGUGCCGGGGAAAGUGUGCAAUACUUGUGCAACACAACAACACACAAUCGGAGGUGUCUUGGUCAGAAUGUAUAUGAACAAAAUACAUAAUCGGGGCUCCAGGCCAACUUGCACAAGUCGAUUUGAAGUUGUUGGCACACCAAGGACAAAAGUAUUGGGAUGAACGGCAAACCUGCAACUUGAGUUCUCAAGAUUUAUGAAGUGGGUUUGUUAUGUAUUCUGACCCUGUUAACACUGUUAUGUUGCAGCCAUUUACUAAAAUCAUUCUUAAUCCACCCCCCAAGCGGUCAGGCCCUCUGCACAGUACUUAUGAGAAUUAGCCUUUUAUGCUAAUGCAGGAAAUGAUGCAACAAGUUUUUCCACACCUGGAUUUGGUGAUCCUCUGGCAUUCCUCGUUGCAGAUCCUUUCCACUUCUGCAGGUUGGAGGGUGAAUGUUGAUGGACAGCCAUUUUCAGGUCUCUCCAGAGAUGCUCAAUUAGGUUUAAGUCAGGGAACAGACAGAUGUUCUGAAGCCACGCCAAUAUUGUAGCUGUUUGCCUAGGGUCAUUGGCUUGUUGGAAAGAAAACCUUUGGCCCAGUCUGAGGUCCUGAGCACUCUGGAGAAGGUUUUUGUCUACGAUGUCCCUGUACUUGGCCGCAUUCCUCUUUCUUUGAUUUAACUAGUCGUGCAGUCCCUGCAGCUGAAAAACACCCCCACAUUAUGAUGCUGCCACCACCAUGCUUCACUGCUGACACAGUAUUACACCAGUGAUGAGCAGUGCCAGGUUUUCUCCACACAUACUUCUUAGAAUUAUGACCAAAAUGUUCUAUCUUGGUCUCACCAGACAAGAGACUCUUAUUUCUCCCCAUCUUGGAAUCCUUCAGGUGUUUUUUCUUUUUCGCAAUCUCCAUGUGGGCUUUCAUGUGCCUUGCAUUGAGGACAGGCUUCUGCUGGGCCACUCUGAAUGGUUGGGGGGCUGCAGUGAUAGCUGCCGUUCUAGAACUUUCUCCAUUGUGCUAACUGCAUCUCUGGAGCUCAGCCACAGUGAUCAUUGGGUUCUUCGUUACUUCUCUCACCAAGGCUCUUCUCCCCCAAUUGCUCAGUUUGGCCAAACGGCCAGCUCGAACAAGGGUUCUUUCUGGUCAUCCCAAAUGUUUUUCUUUUAAAGGAUUAUGGAGGCCACUGUGCUUUUAGGAACUCUAAAUCCAGCAGAUUGUUCUUGGGUAACCUUGGCCAGAUCUGUGCUUUGCCUCAAUUCUGUUUCUGGACUCUUCAGGCAGUUCCUUUGACCUCCUGAUUCUCAUUUGUUCUGACAUGCACUGUGAGCUGCUUUCCUAAUCAAGUCCAAUCAGUAUAAUCUAACACAGCUGGACUCCAACGAAGGUGUUGAACCAUUUCAAGGAUGAUCAGAAGAAAUGGACACCACCCAGGUUAAAUAUCGGAGUGCCACAGCAAUGCCUCUGAAUACUUAGGACUAUGAUAUUUCAGUUUUUCUUUUUUCAAUAAAUCUGCAUAAAUAAUUGUUUUUCUGUCAGUAUGAGCUUCUGUGCGUACAUUGAGGGGAAACCAUGAACAAAUUAUUUUAGCAGAUGGCUGCAAUAUAACUGAAAAAACAAUAGGGUCUGACUACUUUCUGCACAUAAUGUAUAUAAAUGUUUCUUGAAAAUCUACGACUACUUCCUUUAAAAAAAAGAUGACCAAAAAAACAAAAUCCAGGGACCUUUUUUUUUAAAAUUGUAAAAUUUCAAGUUUUGUCUUGAAGACUUAAAAUAUAUGACUUCUCAAAAAAGUAAGAUUUCAAAACUCAAGAUUAUAUCCAAAAUAUGACUUCUGGAGCACAUUUUUUCCAUGGUAACUCUCUGAAAUCAUGGGAAAUCAAAAGAAAUCAGAAAAAGAAUUGUGGAGAUCCACGAGUCUGGCUCAUCCUUGGGUACAAUUUCCAGAUGCUUGAAACUGCCAGAUUCAUCUGUUCAAAUAAUUAUACACAACUAUAAACAUGGGAAUGUCCAGCCAUUUCACCUCUCAAGGAGGAGAUGGGCUUUGUGUCCCAGUGAUGAACGGGUUUUGGUCGUAAAUGUGCGAAUCAACUCCAAAACAAACGCCAAAGACCUUGUGAAGGUGCUGGAUGUAGGUGGUAAGAAUGUGUCAUUAUCCACAGUGAAAUGACUCCUGCACCGACCGGCGUGAGCUGAAAGGCCACUGAGCAAAAACGAAGCCAUUACUCCCAAAGAAAUAAUAAUAAUAAAAAAAAAAGAUUACAGUUUGGUGCCAUCUUUGCUCUUCCAAAUGAACAGUGACCCUAAGCAAACUGACAAAACGGUUCAAAAGUGGCUUGAGGAUAACAAUGUCAAUGACGUGGAGUAACCAUCGCAAAGCCCUGAUCUGAAUCCCAGACAACAUUUGUGGGCAGGCGCGUUACACCAGUUCUGGCAGUCGGAAUUGGCCAGGAUUCCAGCAGAGUACUGUCAGAAGCUUGCGGAAAUUUACCAAAAACAUUUGCUCCAAGUCAUGCAGUUCAAAGGAAAUGGAAGGGACAAGGAAAUGUGUGUGUGUAAACUUUUCACCUCAAAGAAAAUAACAAACUUCCCUUAGAAAUGAUCUUGUCAUUAUUGUGGCAUUAAACAAAAUGAAAUAAUUUUGGUGAUCCUGACUGACAUAAAACAGGAGAGGUUAUAUACACACACACACAUAAAUAUCUUGGUGAAAAAGUUCCAACAUUCUCACAAAAGAAUGCAUGUUAGUACAAAUUUGUGGAAUUCACAUUUUCCCCCAAAACAUACAAUAUGUAAAAUAUGAGAUUGGCUGGCAAGCAGUUCAGGGUGAACCCCGCCUCCUGCCCAUUCACAGCUAGGAAAGGCUCCACCAGCACUCCCGUGACCCUCGUGAGGAUAAGCAGCUCAGAAUUUUCCUUUUUUCCCCCCCUUGAAAAUGUCUGUUUUUUUUUAUUUUAACAUUACACUUUUCUCUCCCCAAAAUACAAAUUAUUGGAUUUUUUCUUAAAAAUGUACACCACUGGAAUUUUUCUAAAAAUGGUGUGAUGGCCUUGUUACAAAAAUAUAAAUGAUUUGUAACAUUACUUUUUAAAUCAAAAAGAGUAUUGGAUUUUUCCCACCCCCCAUGUAAAAAAGUUUUCUUGAAAACAUACAAUAUAUUUUCCAUUUUAUAUCUUUUCUGGAAAUGUUCUUUUUCUCAAAGACACCUUUCUAAAUACUUUUUU